AUGUUGAACGAACAAUACACGGAAUGUAGAAUUCUACCCACCAUCAACGAAACUUUUCCUCAAUUUGGUCGAUCUAUUGCAACGUUGCUCUCGCCACUUGACUUAUCGCUGCGCGCCUCCAACAUCAUACCGAUAACGCCACCCUCCACACCCUCACCGCCGCGUAAGCGUCAAAGAUUAAUGUCAGACGAGAAUAGCCUCUGGCGACCGCAUGCCAUGGGGGCAACUCAACUAACACCGCUAACCACGUUGCUACCAGCAACACCCGUAGCCACAACCACAUACACACACACAGCAACAGCAACAGAAACAGCAACUUCAGCCUCAGCCGCUGGUGGCAAUUACCUGUCUCAACUAACUUCAAUCUACGAUUGUCGUCACGACGAAUUACCGACGCAUCAUGCAGCGUCCAGCGGAUAUAAAAACAAUUUACACCAAAUAAGAAACUGCUUUGAAGAAAUUCCAGAAAGUCAACCAACCGCAUUGCAACCCAACCCAAAUGAACCCCCGUUACGAGAGCAAAAACAUACGCACUUACAACAACAAACGCCACAACAAUGCCAAUUGCCCAUUAUAUGCGUGGACGAUGAAACGAUUGUGUUGACCGAGGACGAGGAAGAAACACUUGUCAGUUCGCACGGAUACACCGAGGACAUGGACGACGAAGAGGACGACGACGACGCCGACGACGACGUUGAUGAUGGCAACGCCGACGAUGUGUUGGAAGCAGUCAGGAUGGCUGACUUUAGACCAGCAUUGUACACAGAUGCCAGCAGUAAUGAAAGUAAGAAAGAAGUAGGCGAGUGCAGGGGAAAUGAUGAGCAUGGGGGUGAUGGUGAGGAUGAAGAAGAAUACGUAGACAUCUUGAGCAACGACGACGACGACUUAAAUCCGCUCAAUAGCGCUAAUUUCACACAACAUCUGCAGAGCCGAGCAUUGGAGGAAGAGCUCGAAAAGACCGGCAAAGUAUUGACGCGCAAUAAACUCACCUAUGACAAUGAAGAGUUGCACCAUCGAGCCAUUGACGGUUUGGCCAAGUUAUUCGAACGAGAUUUUCUUGUGCCAAAGAGUGCGGCAGAAACGCAAGGCAAUAUUUUAGUAACAAACAAACAAACGAAUGUUGCGUUCACCGCCGACUUGCAAGAACGUCACAGAGCAGCGCCAGGGGAAAAGCCCUCGUUAAAAGCGAAUAGUUUUGGUCGUGCCCACCAGCAACGCAGCCAUCAUAAAUCGGAGCGAAAACGCAUGAAAUUGCGAAAACAUCAACUCGCACUCGACGAGGAGACCAUCAGCCCCGUCUCGGGCACCAUCAUACGGAAAUUGCGCGACGACGAAGAGUUGGUGGUGCGCAAAGGUGACAUUGAUCCGGCUUUCAAUGUGGUUGAAAUCACCGAAGAAGCUAAGGCGAUUUUGGCCAGCAUCGACAACAAAAUCGGCGCUUACUUGUGCCAACUGUGUCGCACACUGUACGAUGAUGCAUUCCAAUUGGCACAGCACCGGUGUCCACGCAUCGUUCACAUCGAAUAUAAAUGCUCCGAGUGCGAAAAGGUCUUUAAUUGCCCAGCUAACUUAGCCUCACAUCGCCGCUGGCACAAGCCCAAGUCCGAGCUAAUGGCCAGCAGUGGGCAGAGCAAGAAGCGGCAACAAUACGAACAAACCACUGCGCAAGGAGGCAUGGGACAUGAAAAGCGAAAUGCAGCUGAUGACGGACCAGAGGGAGUUUAUCCAUGCGUGCAGUGCGGAAAAAAUUUCCGACGCCAAGCCUAUUUGAAAAAGCAUCAAGCAUCACACCAAAUGCUGGAAAAUCUCAAAUCUUUGGACAUCUUCAAAAACUCUGCUGCCAUUCGAAAUCCGAGUUUUCCGCAUUCAAUGCCACAACCUAAAAGCCAUUUCAGCUUUUCCAAUGCACCGGCGACCGCAACGUCUUCGCGUUUACCCCACAUACACGCCGCCCACUUCAACAACCCUCACACGCACACCAUCAAACCCUAUCCGCAGCGUUUGAACGCAUUUCCCUUCGAUCAACGACGCUUCUAUUCACUUAGUGACUUUUAUCUCUCCCAACACUUGGAUCAUUCGCAUUCCGCCUUCCAGUACGUGCAGGCCAAUCAUUUGCGCAACCUAACCACUGUAGCUGGUGCCUUUGCUCCACGCGCCCAACUGGUACCGCCGCCGCCCAGUGCUUUGGUUGCANGUUAA